AUGGCGCAACAAACACCGCAAAUGAGCGUACAAAAAGCAGCAAAAAGAAGUCAAGGGGGGCAAACGAAACUGGACAUGAACGACGACUCGGAUUUUGUUGCUGUUACUGCUGUGCUUCGUGCACAGGCUUUGCCUGUUGUCUUUUACUAUGACGCGUGGCGAAAUUUGGCAGUGUCAUCAGGGAUGCUUGCACUCAUUUCUGGUGUGGACGUUGUGCCUUGA